AUGAGGCUACAAGCAUUGAGGAACCUUGAUGCAUUCCCACGUGCGGAAGAGCACUUGUUAAAGAAGACUUCAACUGGAGCAGUUGGUAUGAUGACCCUUCAUUUGUAAUACAUGAUUAUGUUUUGCAGAGAUUUAAUGCCUCUGGAAUCAAAAGUGUGCUUCAUUGCCAAAUACCUAUGUAAUAAACGUUUCUUCUUCUUCUGCAGUUUCUAUCGUUGGCUUAGCUGUCAUGGCGACCUUGUUCGUGCAUGAACUGAAGUAUUAUCUCACAACAUAUACUACACAUCAGGUUCACUUGCAUGCCUCUUCCAUUUAUCUUAUUAUCAGUCUAGAAUUAAUGAAUCGUUUCUAAUUAUUUUCUGAACUCCUCUAAAUAAACCACCAGUUCGUAUGCUGUGAAUCAUCAUUUAAAUGCCACUUUUAUUAUUUUAAUACCAAACAAAAGAAGGGACUAAUCAGUUAUGAAACUUCAGACAAACUUUUUUUGAAUGAAUGGUAUAAAAUUAUCACUAAGGCGAUGGUUAAUCAAUUGAAAGGAGAAAUGUAGAAAAUGGUUGACAAGCAAGAAUCUGCUUUUGUGUCCAGUAGAUUUGUAUUAGAUAACUUUAGGGCUCCAUUCAAGGUUAUUCAUUAAAAUAUUGUGGAGAGUACAGGAGCGCAACUCUUUUGUUAGCUGUUUUUUUUCUGGGAGACGCUGUCAACUUCCAUAUGGUGCAGACCAUGAUAAACUGGAUAACUUUCUUGGUAUGCAUGGUUUGCAGCAUGCAUAUGGUAGUGUGGUGUGGGAUUUUUCUUGUGUUUAUGCCCUACAUGUUACCUGUUCCAUUUUUGUGGAUGUGUUGUGGAAGUCGUAUCAUUAAAACAAACGUAACAAUAUCAUUCAAUGUAAUUUUCCACCUUGUAAUUGUUUUUUUUCACUUUUUUAAGGUUUAUAACCACAUGUGUAGCAUUUUGGGAAAAGGGGAGAGAUGUGGAUGAUGGGCUUUUGAAAGUAAUAUCUAUGUUGCUGCAAUUGCAUUUAUAUCGUCCGGUUUUAAGAUGCAAGAAAAAUCAUAAAAGUAUUAAAAUAAAACAGCUUUAAAUAGAAAGUUUCAGACAUUUGUGUCAUUAAUGAGGUUCAAGGACCAGUCAUCAGCAUGCUGUUCAAGGAAGUGUAACAGAUCCCUAAAGCACAUUCAUCAGUUUGGAAGUGAGAGCACGUGUAAUUAACAUAGACCGUUCUUUUCUUUUCUUUUUAUUUCCUUGUUUAGGAGAUCGGUCAACCUCUUUCUUGAAUUUGAAAUGCAAAUAAUUGUCUUGCUAAUUUUGCAUCUCCAAAACAAAGGAUAUUCUGUGUAUUCAAUCUAUGGAUUUGGCUUUAUACUGGCAGAUGUCUGUAGAUUUGAAACGGGGAGAAAUCCUUCCGAUUCAUAUCAACGUCACUUUCCCUUCUUUACCUUGUGAAGGUUAGUUCCCAUCAUAUCUUUGUCUGCUUGUUUCAUAAAUAUGGUUCCCGCAACUUUUCUCUCGAUGCUGUAUUAUCCCACGACUUGGAUAGCGUAUGUUACUGACUAUCUGGACCUAUCUUUGUAGUUCUAAGUGUGGAUGCCGUCGACAUAUCAGGCAAACAUGAGGUGGACUUGGAUACAAACAUAUGGAAAGUAAGAACAUUGAUCUUGUAAAGCAUUUUCAUAUACAUUUUACCAUUCUAUCUAUGAUCACUUUAUAAUCGUGACCUACCAAAAGGGUGCUUAUAUGCUUUCAUGACUUAUUCCUAGUGAUCAUUAUGUUUUGUUGAACUCUGAAAUGCCGAUGGCACAUGAUAUUGUCUUAGUUUUCAACAUAUCUUAGCAAAUAUUGUAGUCCCUCUUUCGGAGGAAUUUUUGGAAUCAAUUCACGUGAAUGUCAUAGACUUUUAAGCGGACUAGAUUUCUGAUUUAAUUCAAAAGAAAGAGAACUUGAUAAAUCUGCAGGUAAUCUGUUGUAAGAUAGUUUCCAUGGCCAGUAUUGGACUUAGGAGAGAAUAAAUAAAUAAGAUAGAGUAUGUGAUUUAUCAGCAAUAAACAGAGCAUUAUCCAAAUUAUUAACCACCAUACGACCCAUUCAUUCACAGAUUUGCAGAAGGAUUUAUGAAAUUCUUGGGCAUAUAUCCAACCUGUUCCAGUUGCAAUGCCUUUUAUGCUAGUUGAAAGUGUUCCAUCUGGCUGAACGUAACAUCCUGGAACCAGCUUAGUUUCUUUUCACCGUUAGAGUGAAACAAGCAUGAUUCUUACAGAGUCGUGUGACAGUAGUCUAAGAUCAAUAUUUUUCCUUGUCUGCCUUUUUCCUGGAAAAAGCCUCACAAAUCCCAUCCUUCAAAACACUAUGUAGAACUAUUGAAGCAACCUUUUUGGUUUUCAACGAUCAAAUGGUUUGCAACUAAAUGAGUCUAUUCAUCAGGCCCAGCCCCAUCUAGGACCUUUUGAUCAUUUGGUUAUUCUCUCCCAAGAAGUUUGUAUAACACGUCUCCAACAAGAAUUUAUCUUCCAACCUGCAUGAGCUAACAUUUGCUAGCCUGGUGGUAGAUGUUCCUUUUGAGCAAUCAUUCUUUGAGAAUAAGGGACGACACUUUGUUAGAACAAACUCACUCUUGCAAAUUUUACAAAACCCACGAUAUGACGACCCACGUGAAACCUGAUUAAAGUGUCACAAGUGGAUAAAAAUAGAGCAGUCCGCCAUGUAUAUCGAUACCACGUUUUCCUAGGUGUCUCCAAUUGAUGCAGGCAAGAAAGGAUUUGGUCCUGGUGCAGAUUCCCUUGGCACUGGACCUGGAAAAGCUUGUUGUGGGAUCAGGGUUAGAUCCCCAUGGUACUGGGGGAAGACCUAGUUUAAACAUCACUGAGGAGCAUCCUGGGAGAUUCAACGUUUCGUCAAACAAAUUCUUGAAAGACACCGUAUUCUUUAUGACAUCAAUGUCAAAAUCAGUAAUCUUUAAAAUUGAUAUGAAUCUACAAUUGUUUUCGAGGGAACGCCUUUUGGAAAUUUUUGUUCCAGAUCUCUGUAAAUAAUUGCGUGGCUUAUGUGACUAAUGGUGCAAAUGCGAUCUCUUCUGUAUUAUUCAAGUUCAAAUUUUCUACAAUCAGUCAAAUAAAACGUUAAUAACUGUAUGAUUAUCUCAUUUUACAGUAGGUAAUGUCUUGGAGCUGUCUUUCUAUGAACUUUCCUCUAGUGCUUGUUGAUUGAUAGUUCUGUUCAUGUUUGCUUGUUAGUUCAGUACUUAUUUUUGCCUCAGUCCGUCAAAAGGGUUUGUUUUAGUAUGCAUGAUAAAUUCCGAAUUCUGCCUGUGGGUCAUAUUUUUUAAAGUAAUUAUGGUUAUGAUGCUGAGACUCGUUCUUGAUCUUUCGUUUUAUAUCGUAACAUUUUUUCAAACAAUAAGGGUGCAGUCACACAAUAGCCACAAACAAUUUUUUUUGUUCGACUGGCUUUGCACAGAACUAAUUGCAGAAAAUAACUAAGAUAGUUUUAUUUAGCAUCAGAAAAGGAUCAAUAAUUUGUCAUCGGUAUGGAAAAUGUCCAUGUUCUUGCGUUACAUUGCAACUACGCAGGUGCGAAUUUUUUUGGAGAUGUUCUUAUGUGCCACCAAAUGGAUAUUUUUACUGGUCUUUUUUUAUCUUUUCUAUCUAUGACACAUGAUUUAUCUUAUCGCACAACUGAGUGAAAUUGAACGUUUAUGUUACUUAUAAAUGAAACAGCUUCAUCUGAAUAAAGAAGGGCAUAUUUUUAACACGCAAUACAUCUCCGAUCUUGUUGAGAAAGAGAAAUCACAGACUCAAGGUAAUAUUUUUUAUGCAUUUUAUUUCUAUUUUAUUUUUGAACUAAGAUUCUGUUAGGCAUUUAAAUUGUUGUAUGAGGUUGCUUCGGCGGCUGGAAUUUACUUUAGUUCUUACCACUAGCUUGCUAAGGAUUUAUUCUUUAUAGCGAUCUCUUACCUAGUUUACCUUCAAGGAUUUUAUAGAGCUGAUAUAAAGUCGCACAAGGUACUGGUUUACGAAAACUUGCCUCAACUUGAGAGAAUCCAGGGCGCAUACUCUGUUAAGUCAUUGGUCAUUGCACGAACUACCUUUUUGUUUUGGCAUCAAAAUAAUGUUUUUUACUCUCAGCUUAAAAGUAGGCAGUAUUAAAGUUGUGCGAUUGAUAGGAUUACCCCUUGAACUGUUAAAAUUACAUCUUGUACAAGUUAGGUCAUAGUGUUCUCCAUGCAUAAUAUGCGUAUGCAUAAAAAUGCACGACGUGGGCGUGAAGUUCACUAGAUGAACUGGAUAGUGUUGCACACAUCAUGGUACAACAUCAGAAAUUCUUUACUCAAAGCUUGAAUUUUCCCUGAACACUAGUAGCCAAUGUGUAUUGACAUUUAAAGGGGGUUUAUUUUUGUCCGCUUCUUCAUCAUCAUCAUAGACCUUUUUCUCAUCAAUCCUGUGCGCAUUUAAGAUUUGGCAGAUGAAUCUCAAAGAUUUGAGCAUAAUCCCUUAAUGUGAAGGGUAUAUGGCAUUGACCUCAGAUUUUGGUUACAUACAUGUGUUUUCCUUCGAUGCUCACUAGGAUUGCAGCUAGUCAAGUUAGUGUUCGGGCCUUUUUGGUCGUAGUAUCGUCAUAAUCAGCGCUUGCCUUCUAUGACUUUCUAGCCUACCAUUUGAGACUCUGAAUAAUCAUUAUUUCUGCAGAUGGGGACAAGACCAACCAUAAUGAUACUUCAAAAGAUCAAGUAUUGGGGUUCAGCAAGGAUACUGAGAAAAUGAUUAAGAAUGUGAAACAUUCCUUGGAAAAUGGUGAAGGAUGCCGGGUAGUUUAUAUUCACUACAUCUCAUCUCCUUCGAUGUGACUUACUUCUUGUAAAAGCAAAAACCCUAUUUUAGCUGCUUACAUUGUGAGUACUUGACUUCACAGGUUUAUGGAAUAUUAGAUGUUCAGAGGGUUGCUGGGAACUUCCACAUCUCGGUUCAUGGAUUGAACAUUUUUGUUGCAGAACAGGUACUUUCACCGUUCCAUCUUCUGCUUCCCUCCGAACCUACGAAAGUGGUUUGUUUGCGAUGCAAAUCUUUGUCUACUGUAUAAUUUUUGGCAUGUUGUUAACUGAGAAUAUCUUUGUCUUUCUUUUGACCUAUCAUGUGAAUAGUCUAUGUUCUUGGGCAAAAUAAGUUCCUACGAUUAUAUCACCUGCUGCUACUCUCUUCACUGCACAGAUGUUUGGAGGAUCAUCUCACGUGAAUGUGAGCCACAUAAUUCACGACUUGUCAUUUGGUCCAAAGUAUCCAGGAAUCCACAACCCACUUGAUGGGACCGCGAGGAUCCUGCAUGAUACAAGUGGAGUAUUCAAAUAUUACAUCAAGGUAUGUCCUGUAUUUCUAUCUGAACUCUAUAUUGCAUGUACUUGCUUAUAUUUUCUGCAAAUCCCAUCACCAAGGAGGUAUAUAUCUAUUGAGUUGGGUUGCCACAUUCUGGUGAUCUGACCCGUUGAACAUUCAUUAGAGCUAGGCAUAUUUCUAGUAGAAUAUUUAUCAUACCCAAUACGAUCAAUCCCUGCUGAUGGCUAGCUAAAGCUCCACUUCCAGCCGACGGUAUCCUACAAAAACAUCUUUUGAUUAGAACCUCUUCAUCUUGCUAAGUGGUGCUGGAAGCCCAUCACAUUCCCUUCACAUGGACAAGUCAAAUGACUUGGGGGUGGUCAAGUCAGUGCUUUCAGUCAGCGGAUCGGGCUUGGUGUAGGGUUCGUGGAUGAUGAAAGGAAGACCAAAAAGCUGUGCCGAUCCUCUCUUUUCAUUUUUCAUCAAUAAAUCUUCUCAUAGUAACCUCUCAUAUUCAGAUUAUCUGAUGUAAAUCAUACGCUUGAGGUGAAGCACCGAGGCUGUGGAAGUGCAUGAGAAAUAUAUAAUUUCAUUGGGGGAUAGUGGUCAUCAUCUUCCUGAGGAUUUGGAGUAGAUCUCCUGCUUGUCAGGACAAAACCGGUGGGUGGGUGAAAUAUUUUCCUUUUUUAGUUGAUGAUCGGAGUAAAUGAAAAUUCAAUGACUAUAUGGAGCGAGUUGGUCCUAAAAGCUCCAGGAGGAAAACCAAAAUGACUGUUGCACCCAUCACCUCUCUCUUAGAUGAGGUUAUUAGUGGUAAUUCCUAUGCAAGUCUGUUGCACAAUGCUGAACCCAAUCAGGUUCCAGGUACCCUUCUCAUUUCCAGAACUGGUCAACGAUUUGUAAGCCCAAAGGAUCAUCCAUUCAACAUGGGUAAGUUCGUUCUUACCAUAUACAGGGUGCGAUCUUCUGAUUUCUCUAUGUGGUUCAAUAGAGACUUGAAUGAAAAUCUUAAACCAGCGGCAGAACCCAGAUAUGAUUACUGACUUUCUGGUCAUCUAUAUAUGAUAUCUCAAGCACUUUCCUCUUUGUUUUUAUGCAGGUUGUUCCAACCGAGUACAGAUAUCUUUCCAAGGAGGUGCUGCCCACGAACCAGUUCUCCGUGACAGAAUACUUUGUCCCCAUGAAAAAUGGCACUCGGGAUUGGCCAGGUUAGCCGCUUGCCCCCCCCUCCGAACUCUCAGGAUCUCUUGACCAUCCUUCACCCCGCGGCGGCGCUAACCAGAGCCCCUUCCCCCCCGCGUGAGGCAGCCGUGUUCUUCAUCUACGACCUCUCGCCGAUCACGGUGUUGAUCAAGGAGCAGCGGCGCAGCUUCCUGCACUUCAUCACCCGCCUCUGCGCCGUCCUCGGGGGCACAUUUGCUCUGACGGGUAAAUGAUUAUCUACUUUCUCUCACUAGGAUUCCCACUCAUCCCUCUCCAAUUUAGGUCUAAUUUUAGCAUGGGCGCUUCUCGUCUUGCUGCAGGGAUGCUUGACCGGUGGAUGUAUCGGCUCCUGGAACUAGUGACUGCGUCCAAGUCGGGGGGCGUCAUGAGGUGA